GCUGCCGGUGGUUCCUCCUCACACACACACACACACACACACACACACAACAAGCUGGAUUCAUUAAAAGUCGAGAGAGGCAGCUGGAUGAUGUCAUAUCCGUGAAGAAGGGUCCCUACAACCGAAACGCACCGAGGAUUGUCGCUGCAUGCAAGCCCACAAACUUUUUUCUCCCCUCCUUGCAGUGACGAGGUUUCUCCCCGCUGCCCACAUGGCGUGCGUAACGGGGACGAGUGGAUGGAUGUGCCCCCCUCCUCCCCAGGAAGCCACGGUUUCUACCAGCGCUUAGUGGACGAGGUGGCGAGAGCCCCGCGGGCAGAAACUCACGUGAAAAUUGUUGUUCCCGUAGCGGAGGAGGCGGAGGAGGGAAACAGUGCAGCAGCCGGCAGAAUGUGGUCGCUGUCCGUGGUCCUUAACCCGCUGCUGUUCCUGCUGCUGUUUGGAUACUGCCCUUCAGUGACCAUCCGGCCAAAGGAGGGGUGGCAGGUGUACAGCUCAGCUCAGGAUGCAGAUGGGCGUUGUAUCUGCACAGUGGUGGCACCUGAACAGAAUCUGUGCUCCAGAGAUGCCAAAGGCAGACAGCUCCGCCAGCUCCUGGAGAAGGUGCAGAACAUGUCGCAGUCAAUCGAGGUGCUGAACCUGCGGACACAGAGGGACUUUCAGUAUAUCAUGAGAAUGGAGAGCCAGAUCAAAGGACUCCGGUCAAAGUUCCGACAGAUCGAAUCGGACAGGAAGACGCUCGUCAACAAAAACUUUCAGGAGCUGAAGGGAAAGAUGGAGUCCCUGCAGCCGCUGAUCCCUGUCCUGGAACAAUACAAGACAGACGCCAAGCUCAUCUCCCAGUUCAAAGAGGAGAUCAGGAACCUGUCUGGUGUUUUGAUGGGCAUCCAGGAGGAAAUGGGAGCCUACGACUAUGAGGAGCUGCAACAGAGGGUCCUAAACCUGGAAAAUCGGCUCCGCAACUGUAUGAAUAAACUCACAUGUGGCAAGCUAAUGAAGAUCACUGGGCCGCUGACAGUGAAAACUUCAGGGACCAGAUUCGGAGCCUGGAUGACCGACCCACAGGCAUCUCCCAAAAACAACAGGGUCUGGUACAUGGACAGCUACACCAACAACAAGAUAGUAAAAGAGUAUAAAUCCAUCGCUGAUUUUGUGGCAGGAGUCGAGUCGAGAACCUACAACCUGCCUUUCAAAUGGGCUGGAACCAACCACGUGGUGUACAACGGCUCUCUGUACUACAACAAGAUGCAGAGCAACAUCGUAGUGAGGUACAGCUUUGAGACGGGCCGCGUGGUCACCCAGAGGGCUCUGGAGUCAGCAGGCUUCCACAACGUGUACCCCUACACCUGGGGCGGCUUCUCCGACAUUGACCUGAUGGCGGACGAGCUGGGCCUGUGGGCCGUGUACGCGACCAACCAGAACGCUGGGAACAUCGUGAUCAGCCAGCUGAACCCGGACACACUCCAAAUCCUCAACACAUGGAACACAGAAUACUCAAAGAGGAACGCCGGCGAGUCUUUUAUGAUCUGUGGGACGCUCUACAUCACUAACUCCCACUUGACCGGCGCCAAGGUGUACUAUGCUUACUCCACUAAAACCUCCACAUAUGAGUAUACAGACAUUCCCUUUCACAACCAGUACUUCCACAUGUCUAUGUUGGACUACAACGCCAGGGACCGCGCCCUCUACGGCUGGAACAACGGCCACCAGGUCCUGUUUAAUGUUACACUUUUCCACAUCAUUAAAACUGAGGACGACUCUUAAGCAGAGGAACAUACUGUACACAUAUGAAAGAAAAUGAUGAAAACAUAAAAUGGAUGGUUGUGCUUGAAUGUUGUUUUAUUUAUUUAUUUAUUUAUUUAUUUAUUUAUUCAUGUCAUUUCCCUGAUUGGUUUUGACCCUUUAAUACAGAGUUAAUUAUCGACAUCUUGCUAUUGGCAGUUUUUCGAACACUUAAUUAAUUAUGAUAUUAUCCAUGAGGAAACAUGACACUUUCUCUAUAUAAAAAAAACAACAGCAAAAAAUAAAUUAAAGGUGUUUUAAAACAUAUUGCAGGCAGAACAUUUUCAACUAAAUACUGGUACUUUUACUUUUUAGAAACAUGGAAAAAUUAACUUCCAGUCAUUUCUGCUGCUCCUUUUUUUCUCCAAAAUGAAAGCUUUUCCAAAAUGAAGUCUUCAUAUUUAUAAUGGUUUUCUCAUUCAGUAUUGCAUUUAUUCAUGCACCCUAAUUUAUUCAUAUUUUGACUGUGUUCACUAAUUGUUCGUUUUGUUUCCAUUCUUUCCCUCGCCAUUUAUUCAUCAUCAUCUGUUAAUUUAUUCUUGCCUUUCACUGCCUCCAUUUAGCUUUCCAUUUGUCUUUGUACUUUUCCUUUUAAAAGUUUUUUGCAUUUGACCUUGUAAAAGACAUUGAGAACUGUGGUGAAGCAUAAUGCACCUGUAUAGUUACUGUUCUUGGCUUUUUUGUGUCUAUGAAGAUUCUCAGUCAUCCAGGUCAUGAGAUAUUUUGAAGUACUAAGUCAAAGUACUUCAGCAAACAGGAAAUCUGGUGGCCUUUAACUUAGUACUUUGAGAUAUAAGCUUUUUUGUAACUUAAGCGACAGUUUGUAUGCCUUAUUCAGUGCAGUAAGUUCUGUAAGCCCAAGGAUAACAGCUCUCGUGCAUGAAUGUUGGCUAUCCUAAUAGCAUUUUUACUGUAACUGUAUAUCUGUGUAUUUUGUAUCUGCACAACAUCCCAUUCUCCUCCUCUCUAGCUAUAGUAAUGGUAAAGA